GAACGCGUGUGGGGGGCGUAGUUGGGGCGGGCAGGAGAACGGGGCGCAUGCGCAGCGGCGAGGGUAACCGCAAUGGCGGCGCCUCAGCGGUUUCGGGUGCUGCGGUGCUACAGCUGCCGCGCCUUCCAGUCGCACCAGGAGAAGAAGAGUCUCAAGUGGACGUGCAAAGCUUGUGGAGAGAAGCAGUCAUUUUUGCGGACUUACGGCGAGGGUUCCGGUGCUGACUGUAGACGCCAUGUCCAAAAAUUAAAUCUGCUGCAGGGACAGAUUUCAGAGAUGUCACUCAGGUCUCUGGAAGAACCUGUAAAUAUUGACGAAGAGGACAACGCAGAGCCUCAGCAGGCUGAGCAUGUGAGUUCAUGGGAAAAACCUCAGUCCUCAGAGAACCGCUGGCUGAAGUAUCUGGAAGGAGACUCAGAAGAACAGGGGAUGGAAGGAGGAGGAGUGUAUUUCAAGACACAGCCCUUGUCCAGGACAGAGAAGACGGACCCUCCCUUCAACACAGGCCUGCCUAGAAAAAGGAAAUGGAUCCAGAGCACAGACCAUCCUCCACACAGCCCUGAUGUCUGGAACCCGAGUGACUCUGAGAUUCCCUUGGAGCCUCAGAAGGACCACACUGGCUUGAUGGGGAAGGUCAAAGACAAAAGCAGUCACAAGGACUGGGGCACCAGGGAGCUUUUUGUUCCUCAGGGGGAUCCUCCACAACCUACCCACCGUGUCAGGACCAUGCCUUCCAAGUGGGAACGAUUCCUUCAGCCGCCUGGAAACAGCCAGUGUGUGGACAUGAAGCCCCCAGUUCCUUUGAAUAGCGACCCUAGGCCAGCCAAGGUGGCACUGGCUGAGCAGGGGACCCUUAGGGCCCAAACCCCAAGGGAGGGGUACAUCAGCAAGCCCCAUGAUGCACCCGAGCUUCUCUGGCUCACACACACGCUCACAUCCGGCUCCCAGAGGCCCUGCGUGAAGACCACCAAACAGCCAUGGGACACCAAUCCUCUGGCAAAGGGUGGGUCCUUAGCCACAGGGGCACAAGAGCCCCCACUUGUGCAACUGUGUGACCUCUUUAAAACUGGGGAGGACUUUGAGGACCACUUGUGAACUGAAACUAGAAUUUUACUAACAGACAUAUUUGUUGUAUGAGCAAAUUAGACCUCUUGGCCACUGGAAAGGGGGCUCCCCAAGUAGCUUUUAAAUGGUUCCCAUAAAUAGGGGUGCCUGGCUGGCUCAGUUGGAAGAGUGUGUGACUUGAACUCAUCCUGAGAAAGUUUCACAUUGGCUGUAGAUUUUUUUUUUUUUUUAAAGUUCCCAUAAGUGAUCCCCAGUCCUGUCAAGAAAGACACACUACAGGGCACUGGGUGGCUCAGAUGGUUGAGGGUCUCCUCUGGCUCUUUAGUUCAAGCCCCACGUUGGGCUUUGUGCUGUCAGUGCGAAGCCUAGUUUGGCUCCUCUGCCCCCUCUCCUGUCCCUCCCCCUGCUCACACAGGUGUGAUCUUUCAAAAAUAAAAAAAUGACAAACACAACUAUCA